AUGGAGAAAAGAAAAUGUGGAAAUCAAACGUCGAUCACAGAAUUCAAUCUCCUGGAUUUCAGGAAUCUUCAUGGAUUGCAGAUUCUUCUCUUCCUGCUGUUCCUAGUGAUCUACACUGUUACUAUGGCUGGGAACAUCCUCAUUGUUGCGCUAGUUGUGGCUGAUCAGCAUCUGCACACCCCCAUGUACUUUUUCCUGGGGAACUUGUCCUGCUUGGAGACCUGCUAUACCUCCACCAUCCUGCCCAGGAUGCUGGCCAGUCUCCUGACUGGGGACAGGACCAUCUCAUUUAGUGGUUGUAUCAUACAGCUUUAUUCUUUUGGUUUCCUAGUGGUGACUGAAUGUUUUCUCCUGGCAGCGAUGUCUUAUGAUCGGUAUUUAGCGAUAUGCAAACCCCUGCACUAUUCAGCCCUUAUGAAUGGCAGGUUCUGUCUCCAGCUAGCAGCUGGUGAAAUAGACCAUUUCUUUUGUGAUUUCAUUCCACUUCUUAAACUGUCCUGCAGUGACACGCAACUGAUUUCAAUGGUAAGUUUAUUCCUUUCCUUCUUUGAUACAUUUCCCCCUUUUCUACUAACGGUGGCAUCCUACAUAUAUAUCAUCACCACCAUCCUGAGAAUCCCUUCCACCACUGGGAGGCAAAAGGCCUUUUCCACCUGCUCAUCCCACCUCAUUGUGGUGACCGUUUUCUAUGGAACCUUAGUCAUUGUCUACAUGCUACCAAAAAACAACACACUGAGAGACCUAAAUAAAGUGUUCUCUGUCUUCUACACUGUCCUGACUCCUCUGCUCAACCCCCUCAUUUACAGCCUGAGAAAUAAGCAUGUAAAUAUGGCCCUGAGAAAAGUUCUUAGUAAGUUCGCUGGAUCCAGUUCACAGCAGGUGUAA